AUGACCACCUACCUGCCCGCGCUGACCCUGCCCGCCGCCGUCUUCGAGCGGCCCGCCGCCGCCAUUCUGCUGCCCGUGGUUGCCGGCGCCGGAAUUGGCUACCUCACACGCCCCCAGACGGACAGCACCUAUGACAAACUGAAACGGCCAAAGGGACGCCCGCCGGCCUGGCUCUUUGGCCCGGUCUGGACUGCCCUCUAUGCCGCCAUGGGCUAUGCUUCCUACCGUGCCUGGGCCGCUGGCCUGACAGCCCUCGACCCCCUCAAGAUCGAUGCGGCCAAGCAAGGCGCAACUCUCUACACCAUUCAGCUUGGCCUGAACUUGAUCUGGAUGCCUCUCUUCUUUGGCUUUGGCCGUCCCCUCGCCGCCACUAUCGACAUUGUUGCUUUGACCGGCACUGUCGGCUACCUCGCCCACACCUGGAGCCGGGUUGAUGAGACGAGCGCCUGGCUCAUGGCUCCUUACCUUGCAUGGCUGAGCUUCGCCACCUACCUGAGCGCUGGCUUUGGCUACCUCAACAACUGGUCCUUCAAGGACCUCGGCAAGACCGACAAGUCAGAGUAG